AAGAACAUUUUUUAAUGUCCAUGCCAUUCUGAUAACUUUGUUUGAAUUGCUGCUAGUUGAAAGCCUUUUCUUGACUUUAGACAAAUAUUCAAACGCCUGACUUACGCAGUUGGCUCUUGUGAGUAAAUGAUUCAGGCUAAUAUUGAUUCUAUCCGUCAAAAACUUGUCCAAUUUUUAUUCAGUACGUCGGGCGUUUAAUCUUUGCAUUUUUUUCAUUCAACAAGUAAUUUACUCACCCUCUAGCUGGUCUGUUUGAUCAGUUCUCUCCGGUAGAAUCAGCCUUAGUAAACUUUGACAGACGCUAGGAAAGCGCCAUAAUAGCGACUGAUAUAAGAUACAUGUUUCAGUAAGUGUGGUGCACAGAAAGAGGUGCUCUGUUUUAAGCAUGAUCUCCCUCAUUCUUUUGGCUCUGGCUAUAUUGGAACCUUCCUUUUCCGAAGGAUGUGGUAUGCGUCCCUCUUUCGCCCGAGUGGUAAAUGGUGUUGAUGCCAGUCCCCACUCAUGGCCGUGGCAGAUUUCUCUUCGUGUGCGUGGUAGACAUAUCUGUGGUGGAUCUCUUAUAAGGUCUGACUGGGUUGUGACUGCAGCGCAUUGCGUGGACAGAAAUCCAUCACCAAGUGGUUAUACAGUUGUUGUGGGUGCUCACAGUCGAACUGGAACCACGUCUGUGCAACAGACGUUUCGAUUGAAGGCUCUUUACAAGCACAGCGGCUUUACCAUGCAGAACCUUAAGCACGACAUUGCAGUUCUUCAGUUAGAGAGAAACGCACAGUUGAGUGACAAAGUGACUACAGUUUGUCUUCCUGACCAAGAUGCAGAUUUGAAUUCCAAGUGUUACAUAACAGGAUGGGGUCGCACUUCAGGCGGAGGACCAGCGGCAAACAUACUCCAGCAGGCACAACUACCACUCGUGUCGCACAAUAAAUGUAAAGAGAAAUACGGGGUUGUCGACAGAAGCGCCCACUUGUGUGCUGGAGCGGGACAUGAAGCUGCUUCAGGAGGUUUUUUUUUUUCUGUAAAUGUUAGAUAA